AAAUUCCCCAACCCCUCUCUCUCUCUUUGUCCGUCUGUUGUGUUGAGUUCCACUUGACUCGCUCCCCCGCAGAUCGAAUCCGCCUCGAAUUCCCCGAUCCAGCAGCGCGGCCAGCCAUCCACAUCCCCACCCGCGACGACUCCGCCAGAGCGAAAAAGAGGACCCUUCUCCUCUGCUCCCAUCCUUCGUCCCCCCGCCCAGCGCCAGAUCCCUUCCCAGACCCAGCGGUACCCCAUCACCACCCCCGCCUUCCUGCCAGUAGUAGAUCCCUUAUGAGCUGGUUGGCUGCGGUUUCACUUCAGUUUGGGGGCUACUAAGAUGGGUCAGCAGCUGGGCAGAGACAAGAUUGGAUCAAACUUAACAGCUGAUGACAUAGCGAGCGCUUUCUACUUCUCGCUCCUGCUCUCCCCUGUUGUCUCCUACUGGGAUUGCAUCUUCCGCAAGAUAAGAUACUCCUUCAGACCCGAGUGGGUGUAGCAUUCUGCGCCAACCGCUUCUGCACUAGUUGGUCCGGGAGUAAAUCGGCCGGCCCGUAGGAAGAAAGCAUCUAGACAGGAGUCCAAUAACUAUGAACUUUGCAGAUUUUGGUUUUCCGUAAUUAUAACUGGUAGCGGAGUUUAGCUGAGAUAGUAGUAGUCAAUAGCAAGCAGUCACAGUGGUCAUGGAGAAGGCUGCGGGCAAUCAGGCAGGGAAAGUCUUGAAGAAGGGAAAGAAGAAACAGGCGAAAGAUGAGCUGGACCGCCAGAAGCAGGCUGAGAAGAAGAGGCGUAGGCUAGAGAAAGCGCUUGCAAACUCUGCUGCCAUCAUUUCAGAGCUAGAGAAGAAGAAGCAGAAGAAGAAAGAGGAACAGGAAAGGCUGGACGAGGAAGGCGCUUCGAUAGCCGAAGCAGUUGCUCUUCAUGUUCUCAUAGGUGAGGACUCCGAUGAAUCCCGCCAUCUGGUGCUGAACAAGCACAGAAGAUGCAACGACUGGGACCCCUCGGCUGGUUUGGAUUUCACUCUGGACACGCAAGGCGCAGCUGAUAUCUACUCCCCUGGUGGACUCAUGUGCGGCAAUCAAGCUUAUGCUUCCAGCGGGAGGUGGAUCGACUGGGGGAACGCUCAUCCCCUGCCAACCUGGGGAGAAGUGAGGGACCUGAAAGCGUCCUACUACCAAGGAACGUUCCACCAGUCAACAGUCGCCUGCCCAGGCUACAUGGCUGCCCAGGCCGUCUCAUCGCUGCAGAUCCGAGAAGACUCAUCCUCUCCAGGCCAGGGAGUCGCCGCCGCGACCGUCGUUAAUAGGAUGCUCGGCGGCACCAACAGGCUCAACCUUUACAGGGAGAUAUGAAAAAGGAAGAUAUAUACAACCAACCUCGUUGUCAUAGUGGUUUUGUACAUAAUAGUCACCGAAGGUGUGCUGACUAUUUUGCCUGCGUGCAGCUGUUCCAGCUAUCAGAAGAAUCUGAUGGCGCAACUUGUUCCGCCCUUUUGUUUUCGUCAGUCGGUGUAAUAGGAUAUUUUGCGUCUGCUAUUGUUGGUAUUGUAAUGGAACAAAUAUGAUUUCGAUUC